AUGCACGUUCUCACUUCCGUGACUUCUCUGGGGAUCCAGGAAAAGCGUGGUAUCGAGGCCGCUUGUGACGGGGGAUCAGGCAGGCCCUGUGGUGGAUCGCAGCAGCAGGCGUGUUUUGAGAAUCCUCAACUAACGACUUUUGAGGCGGCUCAAGAGGCGAGCGAGCAGGCAGGCCCUCGUGGUCUCGCCACAAUGACAGACUACGAGGGAGAGCAGCAGAUGGAGGUGGAGGCGCUAGAAGCGAUUCUCAUGGACGAGUUCGAAAGGGUGGACGACACAUCAGGCCUGGGCAUGCCAGUGGAUAAGCCAUGCUACCUCAUCACAAUAUCGCCCAAGGGGGAUGACGAGGAAGAGACAACACCUUUUCCAGUGCGGCUGGCACUCUACUUCGCCCACACGCCCACCUACCCCGAUGAGCCACCGCUACUCAGUUUGCGAAGCCUACAAGGAGUGAGAGCCGUGGAUCUUGAGGAGAUUCGCAACAAACUCAAGGAAGAGGCCGAGGAGAACCUGGGGAUGGCCAUGAUGUACACUCUUGCCACGUCAGCCAAGGAGUGGCUGAGAGAGAAGUACGGAAGAGUGGAGGAGGAGGAAGAGGAGGAGGUGAAGGAGGAGGUGAUAGAGCCGCACGGGCUGCCGGUGACAGUGGAGACAUUCACGGAGUGGCGCGAUCGGUUCGAGGCAGAGAUUGCGCUGGAGAAGGCCAAGUUGCUGUCAGAUGCAGCACUCGCAGCAUCCAAGGAGAAGCGGCUUACCGGCAGACAGUGGUUCGUGCAGAAAGCAAGCAAGGGAAUUGUGGUGGAUGAGGAGGAGGCGGAGGAGGAAGAGGAAGAGGAGAUCGAUUUUGAUGAUGAUGAUUUCGACGAAGACAUUGAUGAGGACGACAUGCUGGACCAUUACCUUGCUGAAAAGAAUCAAGCUUAG